CCAUCGACAUGGCUACUGUCCCUUUUCCUAUUCUCUGUCUCCCAGACUCUGUACUUCAAAAGUCUUUGAAAUUAAUGGGCGUAGUAGAACAUUUAUGUCUAUCGGUUCUCUCGAAGAAUAUCAAACAACUCAUAGCUACGUUGAAAGGAUAUUUUAAAUGUUUUUCAUUCGAAUUUGUGCCAUUUACCUCAUUAACUGUUGUGGGAGAGCGGUUUAAACAUUUUAGUUUUUACUUCGACAUUGACGAAUCGACCCAGAAUGCCAAUUUACGAAGUUACACGGAUGAGGGAACAUAUAUAACGCUGAAUGUACCGGGAUUCACUGUGAAACAUUGGAUUGAACAUGUUGCUUAUGUACUCUGUAGGCACAACUCUAUUAAAUUGGUCAUUUUGGAACCAAAUAUUGACGAAGUCUACGAAAUUGUGAAGGAUAUGAAAACUUUUGGAGUGAAAAUUGCAUCUUCGGAAAUCCAAAGUUCUCACCUGCUCGAACUGUUCCCUUCUUUAAGUAAUUUGGGCGUUUACAAUGUACCAAUCAAUACUCAAAUCCUUACACAUAACUUCUAUUGGCUAGAAUUUUUUAAGACAAAAGUGACACUCGACGACAUUUUGGUUUCCAAUUGUUCAAAAUUCUCGAUAGAAUACAACAAUCUUCCCGACAAGGAGUUGAAUCUCUUCAUGAGAUCGUGGAUAAAAGGAUCUAAUUCUCGUCUCAAAACUCUGUCAAUCUGUUUUGGAAGUAGACGAGAUCGAUUUUUGGAAACCGUUCUAUUUCAAAACAUCGAUUAUAUUGAAACUUACAAAAAGAAAGAUUGGAGAACUUUCGAAAUAUCGAGACCCGAUGGAGCAAAAGCAGAAGUCAUGUGGGAUCCACUCUAUAAUUCUUAGUUUUAUAUUACUGUUCAACAGAUUCAUUGAGUGCUUGUAAUCUUUGUUUCUAAUAAACU